AUGAAACUAGGAAAAGCGCAACAGGCAAAUUACUUGCUGUGUUGUGCGUUGCAGGGACACGAGUCAGUGGUAACUUCACAUGCAAAAAGCCUAAUUAUCACUGGUUGAGACCCAGAUCCAUGGGUGAAAUUGUCGGGGGAGCAUCAUUGAAUCAGUCCAAAGGUCCGCGCUGAAGGAGACUCCACCAUGGCGUGUGGGUAUUGCGCAGCAGGGGUAGUCAGAACAUGUCGUUGUCAUGUCGUAAACAGUAAAACAGCACGCGACCUGUUCUUGGCUACUUCCUCAACAUGUCUUAAUUUUCUCAUUGGCUUCGAAGACAACCAGUUUCAUCCUGUGAUCGACUACCAGAUGUGCUUCUGCUUCUCUCAUGCUUUGAGAGUGCAACAAGGUGAGAAUUAUUAGACUUGCAAUGUCUGUGUUAAGUACGAAACUCGCGCAGAAGGGUCCACUGUAUUGCAUCGCCAAGGAGUCGCAUCUUCGACUGUAGUUGAUGAACUGUAUAGGGCAGAAUUGAAAGGCAAAAGAAGCGUGGUACUGCCUAAAGCCAAGAUUUCACGAGAUCUCGUAAUAGCACAAACUCCAGUGGGAUUGAGGCACAGGAAAGGCCUAGGUUGGAGAUCGAGAAAAAAAAAUAAACCGCCAAGAAAUAAUGAAUCAGCGCAUACCUAAAACUCGCACUGCAAGGAUGAAUAAUCCACCGUAUUACGCAGCACAUCGUCAUCAAUGAUAUUCUUGGAUUGCCGACGCGAGAGUUCAAAGUCGUCCUAGGAGGCUCAGAGAAUGGUCGUGUGCCAUCUUGCGCAGGCCAAGUGUACUUGCGACCACAUGUUCCAAAGUGAGCAACAGUCCUGGAGGACCAAGCCAGGUCA